UACUCACAUUACCGAGACCAGACUGAGCUGAUCUCAUGGCCGCUCUGCCUCGUUCAUUCUAAGGUCCGGCUCAGUACUCAGUUCUCAAUUUUCAAGUCACUAAAUUUCAUCAUCUGGACUUGCAUUUUGCUAAAAAGUUAUCGAAGCGCGUUCGCGUAAAUAACAAGAAAAAGUGAGAUAAAUUAAAGUAACGAAUGUACUUGUCAAGUUCAAAUAAUCAUCAUAAAACAAUCGCCUGUACCACCAGCGAGCACUGGCUCCACCAGGACUCACUGAUCCAGGUCCCGAAGACGAUUUGACUUAUUUUUGGGAUAAAGUUUACGAAAACCUCCAUCAUUCCGCCUUCAAUCCAGUGCCUACCCGCAGGGUGGCAAUCAUUUUACAAGGGUUGUAUCUGCGAUAGACUGGUUGGCCAGUCUGUUGGAGUUGAUCUCACAAACAGUGGCAACUGGAAGUUGGCCCUAAACGCAGAGCCCCCGUGGCUUUGCUAGCACCCCCAACGCUGUUAUUGUCUUAAAUCGCCUCCUCACGACUCUUCCAAUUCUCAUUGACAGCUGCCUCAUUGCCGCCUAGCGCCUGUAGAGUAAAAAAAGAACUCCGUAAUCAACGGACAAAGAAAUAAAACAAGCGAAAAAUAAAUCAAAAAAUCUAAAUCUCAGUAAAUUAUAUUAAGAGUAAUAAACGUUAAUAAAAAAAAAUAGCAACCAUGAAAGUUUCAAACUUGAACGAACGCAUCCACGUGUUGGACGGCUCAUCAUCGGUGAUGAGUGUAGUGAAAGACAUUGUUGAAAGUGGGUUGCAGGAAGAAGCUUUUUACGUGCUCGAUAUUGGUGAUAUUGUUAAGAAACAUCAAAUUUGGAAGGAAAAGCUGCCACGCGUUGAACCUUACUACGCAGUCAAGUGCAAUGAUAGUCCCACUGUUAUUGAAGUCCUUGCUGCUUUAGGGACUGGCUUUGAUUGUGCUUCUAAAAUUGAAAUAAACAAAGUCCUUAGUGCUGGUGUAGAUCCUACGCGUAUUAUUUUUGCUAAUCCAGCAAAGCCUGCUUCACAUAUUCGUCAUGCUGCUGCAGUUGGUGUUGAUAUUACAACAGUUGACAAUGAAAGUGAAUUGCAUAAACUCAAAAAAAUACAUCCCCAUGCUAAGGUUGUGUUGCGUAUACGUUGUGACGCUGAGAUAUCGCAGUGUCCUUUGGGAAUGAAGUUCGGUUGUGACCCGGUAAUGGAAGCGCCAAAUCUUCUUCACUUAGCGCGAAUGCUGGACCUCGACGUUGUCGGCAUCAGUUUCCAUGUCGGCUCGGGUUGUCAGGACCCGCCGGUGUUCCAUCGGGCGAUUUGCCAUGCCAGGAAUUUGUUUGACUUGAUGAAAGAGAUGGAUUUCAAACCGUAUUUGUUAGACAUCGGUGGUGGUUUUCCUGGUGAUCGUGGGACUAGUAUUGAUAAAAUUGCUGAUGUUGUCAAUGGAGCACUUGAUGAAUAUUUUGACGCUGAUGACGUGCAUGUUAUCGCGGAGCCAGGUCGUUUUUACGUCGCCUCAGCGUUUACAUUGGCCACGUGCAUUCAUAGUAAGCGCUCAGUAAGAAGUGAUAAACUGUCACCGAGUGCGAUAACUCACAACAUGUAUUACAUAAACGACGGUGUAUAUGGCUCAUUCAACUGUAUUCUCUACGAUCAUCAGCGAGUCGUUCCCGUUCCACUUAAGAACGGCUGCGGCAAAAUGGUACCAUCAAGCAUUUGGGGACCUACAUGCGACGGCUUAGACCAAGUUGUGGAGAACGUAUUGAUGCACGAUCUAGAUCUUGGCGACUGGAUAAUAUUCGAGAACAUGGGCGCCUACACACUGCCCGUGGCGUCGCCAUUCAAUGGAUUCCCAGUUCCAAAAGUCCACGUUAUUGCUGACGAAAAUGUUUGGUUGCUUCUGAAAGAUAUCCUGCCAAUGACCGAAGAGCACUUUGUUAUUGGCAACUCUCCGGAUAAUUUGCGUCUCGGUCUCGAUAUCGACGGCUCAAAGAUUGAUGAGUGGAACGACCCGGCCAUCAAUCUCUCCGACUCGGACAUUAUUGAUGAUCCCAACAAUUCAUCGCCUUUCAUUUACGAGUACGUUGAAGUUGGACCCAUCAACUAAUCAACUAACAUUUUAAAUAAUUAUUAAUAGACAUCUUAAGAUCUUAAAAAGGUACAAUUAACUGCUGCACAAUUUUUAAUUCAUUCCAAAAUUUUUUUUAAAUAUUAUUGUUAUUAUUACAACAGAUUAUUAAUGCUGAUGAUUUUUUAAACAAUCACUAGCACAAAUUUCUCUACAAAGCAUUUUAGUUACUUAAAUCAACUGCCAUUUUACUUAUACAAAAAUUUUUUUUUUAAAAAAGCAAUUGCUUUUUUUUUAAUUAUUUAUGAAACGCGAUUUAGUUAAAAAAAGCUUUGCAAUUAAAUACUUGAGUAUUUUUUGAGAACGGGAAAUUUUAUUUUUGGAUGAAGCAGCACGUGGAUGUACCGUUUUGUUUUUAAUUCAAUAUUUUCUAUCGAGAUGGACAAUUUUGACUUUUAAAUCAAUUAUAAUUAUCUUUGUUGUAAUAAUUAA